UCGAAUUAUAAUUGAUACAAAUGUUGUUUUAAUAUUUUGUUUUUGUCAAUAUCGUUAUAUUUCGUGUUAGAAAGAGCAGGUGUACUAGUUCGUAAGGCGAAACGCAUAUCGUCAUGGAAACGCACGUGCUACGCACAGUCGUUCGAUUCCAACGCACAAUAAAGAUCGAAACUGCUUUGAAAAGUUUUCUCUUUAUAAUCAUCGAACGUUUUUGUAAAUAUAUAAAUAAUCGUUGCAGUUGUUUCCCUUAAUCGAAUAUGAGUACGCAAAAUGAAACCAAUGAGAAUGUGGACGAAAAGAAACGAAAAUCGAUUCUAAGAAAGGCUCAAAAAACGGAAUAUUUCAAGAGUUUUGUGCAAUUAAAACAACAGGAAUAUAUUUUAGAAAAAGGACUUGCCAAUUUAAUAGACAAUAUGAAACUCGACGCUGACGUUAUUAAGAAUUUAUCGAAAGAAGAAAAGGAACUGUCCGCGAGGAGAGAAAAUGUAUUAUCAAUUUUACGUAAAACGGUUUCCGAUAUUAGUGACGAUGUGAAGACGGUAAAAAUGAUCAUAUCCGAUCCUGAGCAAAUUCAACAACUAGAUGUAAACGAAUUUAAGUCUAAGUUGAUCGGAAUUUCGAAAAAAUUGAACGAUUUUAAAAAAAGUUGUCCACUUCGAACGUUGUCCGAUGAUGGAAAUAAAUUGGACUCCGAUCUAAAAGAAUUUUCAUCACGUUUACAUAGAUAUAAUACAGUGAAUACUAUAAUAAAAUCAUCGAGCAUAGAUUUAUCGUCUCUUGACAAGGAUAAGAAAAAAAAUCACGAAGAUUACGAAGAGAUCGAAGAUUUCCAUACGUUGAUUGUUAAAACGGGUUAUACGCAACAUUGGAGCGACGAGGAUCAUUUAUUGUUUUUAAGGAUGCGAAAAAAAUAUAAAAAUGUGCCUGCUUUAGUCAAUGCCAUUAGAACAAAGUGUCCAGAUAUAUCGAUAGAAAAAAUAAUAAAUCACGAAACUUGGUACAAAUUAUAUCUUGAUCUACGUGAAAGACAAAGAUUAAAAAUAAAUGAAUGGCGAAAGCGUAAGGAAUUAAAUAAAAUGAAAAAAUUACAAAACGAGGAUACUACCGAAAAGGAAGAUCUAAAAAAGUCUGAAAUACCUUCGAGCUUUUCAGAAAAAAAUUCGAUUAACGAUAAAGGUGAAAGAUCUAACGCAAUUACCAAUGAAAAUAUUAAUAAGAAGGAAUUAAUUAAAAAGUGGAAAUUAGAGAAAGAAAACAAACGAAUUAUGGAGGAGAAACAAUCGAAAUUGCGAUUAGAAUCCAAACGGGUUUUGGAUGAAAAGCGUGCACGAAUUAGAAUGGAAGCUAUACGAGCAAGUUUGCGAGAUUAUAGGAAUCAAAAAUCAAUGGAUGAACUUUUGGAAAAUACGAAAACGGAAAAUAUAAAAAAUACGAAAGAAUAUGAUCCUACUUUGAUCAAAGAAUUUAGGAAACAGGAUGAAGAAUAUAUUCGAAAAAGAAGGAUAUUAAUUUCACGUACGAAUAAAAUUCGACAAAAUAAAUUUACGAGUUUACGGAAAUAUAAAUUAAAUACAAAUUCUUCGACAUUGUGCGAACCAACGAAAGCAUGGCGUGAAAAAUGUAAAAUCGAGGAUAUCAAGAGGAAGGAUAGUCAAGAAGUACGAUACAUCAAAGACAUACCGAAACUAUAUACGCGAUGGAGAAACGAAGAGUCUACAGAUUUACAGAAUUAUUUUGGGUUAUAAAAAAUCGAUUGCGUAUCUUUUACAAAAUUCCAUACUUACUUAAAGUUCUAGUUUUCCUUCUUUUUUGUUGUUUGAGUAUACAAAAGAGUUCACUGUCAACACAAAACUUUCAUUAUGAAUUAAUCGCAAUAAUGAAUCUCA